AUGAGGAAUACGUUGAUGCUGAUCAUUGCAGGUCCAACGGCCGAAGAGGGCAAUGCAGUGGUGGCGACGAACGGUGGCACCGAGCAGCUGCAGGUGGUCAGCGGAGGCGUUAAGUCGUCGGCGACGGCGGUCGUGGCCAGUUCGGCGGCCGGCAUCGUAACCACGGCGCCGACGAUGGUCACGGCCGGUGGGGCGCUGAUCAGUGGCCUGGAGAAGUCCGGCGUCACCAUCUCGGCCGAAGCGUCCCGUGCCCUCCACUCGCACGCCCUCCAGCUGCAGCAGUCGCACGUCACCGGCCCGGCCGGAGGCACGGUCACGGUGGCCUCCCAUCCGCACGCGCCCCAGCAGCACAGCAACAUCAUCCUGGUGCGCGGCUCUCGGUCCGAAAACGGCCAGAUCAUCCUGCAGAACACGCACGAGCUGCUGAGUCUGCUGGGCGACGAAGACAAACCGAUCUUCCUGCAACACCAACGGCUAACGACGGGCGGCGGUCACUCGCAUCAUGGGACCACGCUGGGCAAAGCGGUCACGGCCAAGACCCUUUCGGACGCAACGGGCGGCGCCGGCAGCACGAUCCUGUUUCAACCGGCCAUCAAAUCAGGGUCGACCAUCGACGGGACGAGCACGAUACUGCUGCAGGACGCACUGAAGAAAGCGACCGGCGGUGCGACGCUGGACGUGAGUGGAGCGGCCCAGGCCACGGGCAGUGCCACGGGGCCGAUUUUCCUUCAGCAGCGGUUGAGCAAAAAUGGCACCGAAGGACCGAUCCUGCUGCGGACGCUCAAGCGGCUCGACAAGUCCCAGUCCAUUCUCGUGAUUCGCAACGCCACGACGACGGGCGGAACGGUGGGCGCGGCGACGGCCACGGCGGUGACGGCGGCCACCGCAGGACUUUCCGUAUCCACGCCCGGUGGAGCCACGCUCGCCAAAGUGAAGCCCAUUUCCACUCCGACGACCACGGUUGUGACGGUGACGGCGGCACCGGUUGGAACGGGCAGUGGCGGCGCGAUGGAACCGGCCGGUGUGAAGGCACGCAUUGGGCCGGCCGAGGUGGACACUAAGGAGAAAAAGGACACCCCGGCGACGGCGACGAGCGCCACGACAACGACGACGACGACGGUCAAAGUGGUGCACAAAUCGAACAGCACGCCGUUAGGAACAGAUGGCGAACCGAUCAAACUUCCGGACAAUUUGGAGAGUUUGCCCCGGGCCGACCAUUUCCCAACCCAGCGACACCGGUGGAAUACUAAUGAGGAAAUUGCCGCCAUCCUAAUCAGCUUCGACAAACAUUCCGAAUGGCAGUCCAAGGAAGUGAAAACCAGACCGAAGAGUGGCUCGAUGCUGCUGUACUCGCGGAAAAAGGUUCGCUACCGGCGCGAUGGGUACUGCUGGAAGAAGCGCAAGGACGGCAAGACGACACGGGAGGACCACAUGAAGCUGAAGGUGCAGGGCACGGAGUGCAUCUACGGGUGCUACGUCCACUCGGCGAUCCUGCCCACGUUCCACCGGCGCUGCUACUGGCUGCUGCAGAACCCCGACAUCGUCCUGGUGCACUACCUGAACGUGCCGUACCCGGACGACAACAAGAUGGCGGUGAUCACGCCCAAUCUGGCGCUGUGGGGCGACAAGAAGGAGUGGACGAAGGAGGAGCUGGUCAGCCAGCUGAAGCCGAUGUUUUUUCCCACAGUUUUCAGCGAGGACGAACCGGAUGCGGCGAACGAGAUCGAAAUCUCGACGGCCGAAACGGUAGAGACCAUCGUUAGCCAGCUGAUGGAGAAGCAGCGGAUGGCGCGUCAAUCGGCACUGGUGAAGCAGCUCGAGUGCGGCUGCCCGGACGCGAACUGUGCGGACGGGAAGUCCUGCUCGCACCCGAUGCGCCGCAUCAGCGCCGCCAAGAGUGUCCAGGAGCUGCAGCAGCAACAAGCCGGCAAACGGGGCACGGACGGGCACGUCGGUGGCACGGCCCCGAACGUACUGAUCGGCUCGAGGAUGUAUCCCCGAUGGUUAGACAAUCGACGGAUGGCAACCGGCAGGAUCGACCAGCAGCAGCAACAGCAACAGCAACAACAACAGCAGCAGCAGCAUUCGCAACACAACACCAUCCUUGACCCGAACGGGGCGCGGGCCAUCACGCCCAAGGCGCUCGACACGUCGAUGCACUUCCAAGUCAUUCCUACCUCCUCGCAGAGCCAGAAUUCAAUUAGGGCCGGCAAUCAGGGCUCGGCCACCGGCCACCUGGGCGGCGGUAACCCGAGCGCCCAAUUAACCAGCGUCGUCGGCAGCCAUCUUACAAACGGAAUCGGAGCGACGCAAGCCAAUCAUCUGGCCGGCCAUCGAUCGGCGAUGAUUCUCGCCAGCAAUCAGCACCAGCAACCGCAACAACAUCAGCACCAUCCUCAGCAUCCCACGCAGCACCAUCAUCCUCAGGCGCAACAGCAGCAGCAGCAGCAUUCGCAUCCCCAGCAUCACGGCCAUCCCCAGCAGCAGCAGCAGCCACCGCAGCUUACCCUCACGAUGAACGGUGCCAGUAAUACGUCCAGCGCGAACCAAUUAGCAGCCCUUGGGCACUCCAGCCAAGUGCCAUCGGCGGCCAUGAACGGGAGCGCCAAUGCCGGCGGAACGUCAGAGCGGGCCGCCAACCCGGGUCCGGUCUCCCAGGCCGAUUCCAAGCCGACCCAGAAUCCGGCCGCCCAGAACAGCAGUAGCAACGGCAGCACUGACAGCCACAUCCCUCCAGCCCCGAACCGAAGCCCGAACCAACCGCGUCAGGAUGGAUCCGCGGGCCGUGAUGGAGUGGGUGGUGGCCCAAACGCUGGGUCGACGGGUAACGGGAUGGUGAGCAGCGCGGGACAGCAGAGCGGAAAUGGUGCGCUGCACCACAGCCGAAUGACGGUUACCGCCAGUGGUUCUCCAGUGGUUACAUCGACCCCGCCACUGGUGCUGAGCUUGAGUCAGAACCUCGGCACCGGCGGCAGUCUGUUGAUACUGAAUGGCCAGCAGCAGUCGUACGUGUGCCAGCCGCAGCAGCACCAGAAGCCACACGACAAAGACCCGUCGGUGGAGCAGUCGGUGAAAACGGAAUCGAUAACUAAGCAGGAGAUGAUGGAUGCGUCGUCGUCCCCACCGGUAACGCACCGCCCUUCGAACCCGUCGUCCUGUGCCACCGGCGCCACCUCGUCCAGUUCCGCGUGCUCCGACAAACAGUCGUUCGAAAGCAUCUUCGGUUUCGGCCAGGAUCACACGUCGACGGUCGGUAGCCCGGCACGCGGCAUGGAGGCAACCGGUGCGACGCCGGCCCAUCACCACGACAAUCUGCCGUUCUUUAACGAAACCCUCGACCUGUCCCAGGAGGACAUCCAGAAGACGCUCAGCGCCAACAUGCCGCUCGGUGGGCACGGGGCCGGCCACGACGCGGCCACCCCGACCGAUGACGCCAUGAACGGGGAGAUCAAUCCGAUGGACUUUAUCGAGAACUGCGGCGACAACCAUGGCGCUGUGGACGACGAUGUGUUUGUAAACCUGGACGCGUUCGACAUGCUAGUCGAGUUCCCGGAGCUGGAGCUGGACGCCAAGAGUGAGUUCUUGCGCGAUGGCAACACGACCUCGGACGAACAGGGCACGCCACAGGAGGACGGUGGCGCUGGCCGGUCCGGGCGUGAACCGAUGAGCCAGUUCAAGCUGGCCAACGGGAACGCUGGGCCGCAUCCGGGCGGGUCCACCAUCAGUGACUUCAGCCCGGAGUGGGCGUACCCGGAGGGCGGCAUCAAGGUGCUGGUGACCGGGCCGUGGAGCGCCAGUUCCGCCUACACAGUAUUAUUCGACUCGUUCCCGGUGCCGACGACCCUGGUGCAGGACGGGGUGCUGCGGUGCUACUGUCCCGCGCACGAGGUCGGCAUCGUGACGCUGCAGGUCGCCUGCGACGGCUUUGUGAUAUCCAACGCGGUCAACUUCGAGUACAAAUCGCCGCCCAAGUUCGAGACCAAGUGCGAGGGCAACGGCAACGAUAUGCUGUACCGGUUUAACCUGCUGAACCGGCUCGAGUCGAUCGACGAGAAGCUGCAGAUCAAGGUGGAACCGGGCGAGCUGCCUGAAGACACCCUGAUGUACAAGCAACACAACUUUGAGGAUCGGUUGGUGAGCUACUGCGAAACGUUGACCUCGAAGAUGUGGCGCUCGGUCACACCAAGUCCGUUCAUCGACAAGCACCGCGGGAUGACGCUUCUUCAUCUGGCCGCUGCGCUCGGUUACGCGAAGCUGGUACGCACGAUGCUCACCUGGAAGGCGGAGAACUCCAACGUGAUCCUGGAGGCGGAGAUCGAUGCGUUGAGUCAGGACAAGGAUGGCCACACGCCGCUGACGCUGGCCUGUGCUCGGGGCCACACGGAGACGGCCAUCAUGCUGUACAAGUGGAACCAGAAUGCGCUCAACGUGCGCACCAACGCCCAGAAGAGUCCGGUCGAGGUGGCCCGCGACUCUGGCCACGGGCAGCUUGCCCGGGAGCUCGAGCGUCAGGAAGCGGAACGGAAGCAACUGCAACAACGCACCCCGACGAGCGCCUCCAUUCCCACGCUCGCCUCCAUUACGUCCACGUCCACGGGGACGCCCGGCAAGACGUCUGCGUCUUCCGAUGGCCCGCCGCUCCCCGGCUCGAGCCACUCUUCCAACGCCUCGUCACCUUCCGCGUCCCCGCAGUCACAGUCGUCGUGCUCGUCCCAGUCGGCCCAGGAUGGCUCCAAAGCGGGACCAUUCGCCGGAGUCGAUCUGUUGGGCAAACUGGCCCAAGGAAGUGCGAGCAGCAGUAGUAGCACUGGAGAAGCGAGCAGCGACCAGGGUAGCCGGAAGACUCCGGAUAGCAACAACAACAACGUACACCAGCACACCGUCGCCGCCGCCGGCUCCACGCUGCAGGACGGCUCGAUCCACAACUUCCUGAACCUGAACCAAAUCUUCAGCUACGGCGACGGUCUGCACGGUGGUGGCAGUGACAGCUGCAGCAACGACAACUUUGGGCUUGUGGCGGCCUUCAACCCGUCGCUGUCACCGAACAACCUGUCACCGUACAGCGACAUGAAGGGUUCGUGCUCGUCGAGCGGAUCCCAGCCGGGGACCGGAGGACCGGGCGGGUUCCAUUACGGGCUCGAGAACACCAACUCCAACCCGAUGCUGUCGAACGCGCUGUCCCCAAACUCCGACAGCAAUCGGAGCCACGACGGGGUGUUCCUGCGCCCCGGGGCCGUUUACUCCAGCCAAAGCCCUCCAGGUGCGCGGCUCUCGAAGCGCUCCUCGAUCGACAGUGGCAUCAACAUGGACAGCCGUUCCGGAGGACUCGGACGCUCGGGUAAAGCGUUUCGCGAUGCGCAGCGCACGAACCGGAUGGACCGCAGUAUGUCCCUGCCGCUCGGUUCGGCCGUGUCCGGGUUCGGUUUGGGGGCUGGUGGUGCGGGCGGCAAGACCCUGGGCACCGGGUCGGAGCGCGAGACGGACAGUUUCUCGCUGUCCCUCGGUGAGCGCGGAACCGAGUCACCGUCGCAGAUCUCCAGCAACGCUUCGCUGCUGUCACCGCUGCGCAAGAUGGACUUUGCCCUCUGUGAGGUCUCGGCGCAGGAAUCCAGCCCCAUGCGGGAGGACGUGGACACGCUGGAGGAGGACGAGUGCCACCGGCCGCACCCGGACGGCAUGGAUCUGGGCCAGGGCCAGGGCACCGGCGGUGGCGGUGGGGCGGCCGGGAGCGCAGUAGGGGAUUCAGACGUAAAAGUGCUCACGCUAGCAGAGCAAAUCAUCGCCGCGAUGCCCGAACGCAUAAAGAUUGAGUCUGAAGAAACCAUGUACCUUGGCAGCCCGCUGCCCGAAUCCUUGAACGAGGAUACGUCCGGAAUGGGCAUACUUUCUGACACGUUUAUGGAGCCACUGCUCGAUUCCCUGCCCUCGUCCCAGUACGAUCAGGAAUUUAACUUUGAGUUCAGCGACCACAACUAUCGCUACCACGAAGUUGGGACACCCGGUUCGAGCCUAAGCCCUGCGUCGUCCGGCCCCUUGCAAUCUCCUGCCAGCUACUCGAUACCCCCGGAUCAUCCGGUCGGCUCGCCAAGUCCACCACCAACCACACAGGACUUUACCGAGUUCUUGCAAUCCUCGAGUGGCGCCGUGCGACCGUUCGAGGCGGACUUUUCCAACCUGAAGCUGAACGAUCGUGAGCAGCGCGAGCUGUACGAGGCGGCCAAGUGCAUCCAGAAGGCGUACCGGUCGUACAAGGGCCGCAAAAGCCGCAUGGAAGAGCAGGACAAGGAGCGCACGGCGGCGGUCGUCAUACAGAAUUACUACCGGCGCUACAAGCAGUACGCGUACUACCGGCAGAUGACGCAGGCCGCGCUCAUCAUCCAGAACGGCUACCGGUCGUACUGCGAGAACAAACGCUUCAAGAAAUCACAAACCGCCCAGCAGUCGCAGCAGCCGGAAACGAGCAGCGAGGAGGACAAGGCGUCCUCGCAGUGCAUCGAAACCUACUACCAGAACUAUCGCAACGAACAGCAGCAGCAGCAGCAGCAACAACAACAAUCGCCUCAACAGCAACAGCAGAACAAUCAGCAGAGUGGUUCCAGCUCGAAGGAACCAAGUCCAUCGGGUCCCUUGAAACGAACAUAUUCGCAACGAACACAGAAUCAGGCCGCCCGGAAGAUACAGCAGUUUAUGAGACAAUCGAAAAACAAUACAUGGGAUGAGCAAAUGACUAACUUGGCUACAGAGAGAACGAGUCGAAAAAGAGAGGCUGGUCCACCUACGCAGGGUGGAGUACCUCCAAAGCUUGCAGUGCCACGAACAGCACGAGGUUCCACCUACCAACGGUCCAAGGUGAACUAG